ACCUAUCUCCGCUUCGUUUCUUCCUAGUAAGAAAAACAAACGCACCCAGGAAGAGAUUGCGGAACUGCCGUGUCUGUUAUGCCUAAACAUUGCUGCUGAUCGGGGAAGUGGGUUUUGAUGAUCACGGUUCCCGGCCCGAGCCUGGAACACUGCCGCUUCAUACAGAGAUUUGGGUUUCCUGGGAGGAGGGACGAUGCUGCAGGAGUCGUCAGUAGACAGCAGUGGCUCCAGGUUUGCUCCUCUGGUGGUGCUGGAGCUGGCCUCAGACACCAAGGAGGAGGCCAUCACCUGGCUGCUGAGCAGGAUAAGAGACCGGCAACAGAAUGGAGGUGCUGAGCUGCUGGUGGAGCAGUUGGGACCUGGAAUCGGGGUGAAGGAGAAGGAAAACCCCAACAUGUUUUUGGUGGGGGCCUCCAUGCAGAGGCUGCUCUGUGGUGCAGAGGAUCUGGGGCUCUUUAAGGAGUGUACUGAUGGGUCCAUGAGGGCCUUCACCUUUGCCAGCAAACACAACUUCAAAGAUUUUAAAGGGGAUGGAGACAGCUUCCUCAGUAUGGCUGAGUGUCAGUAUGUUAUCAAGCAUGAGCUGGACACGCUGCGGGCCAAAGAGGAGACUAAUGUUCCAGGAUACAGUCAUGCCAAGCUCUACCCUGGGAAAUCUAUCAUUCGCAGACUGCUCUCCAAAGGGAUCUUAAUCCAGAUGUUUCCUCUGCAUGAAAAAGAAGAACUCAAGAGGCUUUCUUUUUCCUGGUAUAAAAAAGUGAAGUUGUCCCUUCAGCCUCUGGAUGACAUCAGACACUACUAUGGUGAGGGCCAGGCUCUCUACUUUGGCUUCCUGGAGUACUUCACCUUUGCGCUGGUGCCUAUGGCCCUCAUUGGGGUGCCUUACUAUCUUUUUGACUGGGAGGACUAUGACAAAUAUGUAGUCUUUGCUGUCUUCAACUUGGUCUGGUGCACUGUUAUCUUGGAGUUAUGGAAGCGACGCAGUGCCUCACUAGCCUACUACUGGGGCACACUGUGCAGAAAAAAGGCCUUUGAAGAACCUCGGCCUGGAUUUCACGGCGUGCUCGGGCACAACCCUGUGACGGGACGUGCAGAGCCUAUCUAUCCCACCUCCAAGAGGCACCUGCGUGUCUACCUUGUGUCUCUGCCCUUCGUCCUGCUUUGCCUCUACCUGUCCCUCUACGUCAUGAUGAUCUACUUCUUGAUGGAGGGGUGGGCUCUGUCCAUCUAUGAUGAGAACCCCACAUUCUGGACACACAUUCUGCUAUUCAUCCCUAGUAUCAUCUAUGCUGUGGUCAUAGAGGCAAUGAACCUCAUCUACAGAUAUGCUGCCGAGUUCCUCACUGAAUGGGAAAAUCACAGGCUAGAGUCUUCAUAUCAAAAUCACCUGGUGCUCAAAGUCUUGGUGUUCAACUUCUUCAACUGUUUCGCGUCGCUCUUCUACAUUGCCUUUGUCAUGCAGGACAUGGAGCUUCUCAGACAGAGUCUGGCGACCCUGUUGAUCACCAGUCAGAUCUUGAAUCAGUUCACGGAGGCCUUCCUGCCGUACUGGCUGCAGAGGAGACGGAACAAAAAGAUGAUUCGUAAAGUCCAGAAGAGAAGAAUGUACGAGGAGAAAGAGCUUCCGCUGGUAGAGCAGGUCCGGCUCGAGGCCGACAUGAGCACGUACUUGGGAACAUUUGAUGACUACCUGGAGCUCUUCCUGCUGUUUGGUUAUGUCAGUCUGUUCUCCUGUGUCUUUCCUCUGGCUGCUGUCCUUGUGGUUUUAAACAACAUCACCGAGGUUUACUCUGACGCCUUCAAGAUGUGUCGAGUGUUCAAACGACCCUUCGCCGACCCAGCUGCAAACAUUGGAGUCUGGCAGCUCGCCUUUGAAGCCAUGAGUGUGAUAGCUGUUGUGACCAACUGUGCACUGAUUGGCAUGUCUCCACAAGUCAGAUCCUACUUCCCUGAGUCAGAGACACAGCUCAUACUGUGUACGGUGGCUGCUGAGCAUGUACUGCUGGGCUUCAAGUUCAUUCUCACCUUCCUCAUCCAAGAUGUUCCCAAACACAUCCAGGACAAACUGGCCCGUCUGGAGUUUGAAUCAUUGGAGGCCCUCAAGAAGAAGAAAAUGCUGGAAGCCUCACAGCUCAGUAAGACUAUCCAGUGAGGAGGAUGGGUGUGCCUGCAGAUACUGAUGAUGACACACUGUGGUUUACAUCACUGUUUUGAACUUCACUCUACAUGUGUAUGUAUUUACAAGAACAAAAGUGUUACCUUUGGAGUUGCGUGGCUGUUGUUUUCCCCACUCCCUCCUCCCCCACACUGGUUUGCACUGUUAAUCUGCAAUAUCUUCACUGCACCAUUGACUAGUUUUACAGUUUUGUGACGCGUACAUGACGGUUGAUUCAGGUUCAUUGCGGUGUACCAAAUGUUAUUACGUUGCUCUUUAAAUUGGAUGUACUGUAAUGAGGUUUUGUGUUGCAGUGGUGUGUGUACAGGAGAUGAGAUAAAUGGGUCAUAUGUUCAAAUCACCGAGGGAGGCUGUACACAUGAUAUACUGUAGAAAAUAUCGAUUUUAUAUCCAAGUCUUUUGAUUAAGUAAUUUCUGUUCUGUUCUGUUGUUCUGCCGCUGAAGUCACUUUGGGUUUGGUUCAGUGUUCAAAUGUUAAACUUUGUGAACUGCAGUUAGAAUAAAUAAGGAGUUCUAAGCCUUCAGGAUGUAAUAACUAAUAACCACCUGACCUGAUUGUAUCUCACCUCAAUUAUUUAAUCUGCUUUUUAUCCUCAGCACAGAAAGUAUGGAGGAAAAAAGGCCAAAAAGAUUUAAAGGUCCAAUGCAGCCUGAGCUCUAAUUGUGAAAUGAAAUCACUGAAUGAUCUGUAGUAGUGCACAGAGCUGAAUUUAUUGUGUACUUUAGUUUUGGGGCCAUAGUGUUGUACAGCUUGCAUAAAUACAGUACUGUGCAAAAUUUUUUGGAGGUGAGAAAAAAUGCUUUAAACAAAGAAUGCUUUCAAAAAUGGAAGUGUUAUCAUUUAUUUUUAUCAAUCAACAAAAUGCAGUGAAAAAGAGAAAUCUAAAUCAAAUCAAUAUUUGGUGUGACCACCAUUUGCCUUCUUCUAGGUACACUUGCACACAGUUUUUGAAGGAACUUGGCUGGCAGGUUGUUCCAAACAUCUUAGAGAACUAACCACAGAUCUUCUGUGGAUGUAGGCUUCCUCACAUCCUUCUGUAUCUCCAUGUAAUCCCAGACACACUCGAUGAUGUUGGGAUCAGGGCUCUGUGGGGGCUGUACCAUCACUUCUUGUUCUUCAGUACGCUGAAGAUGGUUCUUAAUGACUUUGGCUGUAUGUUUGGGGUCGUUGUCCUGCUGCAAGAAUAUAUUUGGGGCCAAUAAACAAUCAUUUAUAUUUCUGAAAGCAUUCUUUGUCUACAGCAUUUUUUCCACACCUGCCUAAAACCUUUGCACAGUACUGUACAUAAAUUUGGAAAAAUAUAAACAUGUAAUUUGGCCACAGUCCACAAAGAGUUUCCUCAAAGGCUGACUGAGAAAACACUAACAGUUCAUAUGGACUUUUUAGAGCUGCAGUGGAGCCUCAGGUUCUCUCUGCAGGAACAUGCAUUAAAAAAAAUGAACAAAAAAAACCCAUCCUGCAUCCGGUUAGCAUGCUAUCCACGUCGAAUAGUAUGUGUCAUUUACCUUGUGAAAGUCUGCUGAGAUAAAGCAAGUGCUGAGAGCAACCUUUGUAAUCUUAACGAUUUUACUUUGAAAUCUAAAAUUUUGGUUUUAUUUUUUAUAUUUUAAUAUGAAUUUCACACGUGAUCAUUGAGUUAACCAUGAAACCACGAUCAUCAUACCUAAGUGGAUUUGAUCCUGAUGUAAGUUAGUUUGGUCUGUAACAUGGCAAAACUCUAAAUUACCUUCACACAUCAACUCACACAGAAGUCUUUAAAAGUAAAGUUUAGAAUGCGCAUUUAUCAACAUGACCGGUUCUUCAGUAAAUGUUAAAUCUCACGAUAUGAUCCAUGUCUUGGCCUUUGCUUCCAUACCCAAGAGAUGUUAUUGAGCCGUCUUAGAGCGGGAUGUGAUGUUUUCAGCAUAUUAUAACUAUGGUGUUAUUUUUUUUAAAUGCACUCUUGUAAAACUCCCAGGUGCCUUGGAGUGCAAUGCAGUCCCAAAUAUUUGCUUUUAUAUGCUCCAUUUACAUGGCAAAAAACAUGUAACAGCAGAUUUGAAUCAUCCCAUGCUUGAAUAAAGUCACAACCAAAGAAACCA